AUGACAAGACACAAUUCAGAGUCCAGCACAGAGCGCCCCGACAUCUCCGGUGGUGCGCCGAGCUCACCAUCGCUAAGCAGGAGAAGCACAGGCAAUAAUCCGGAAGCCCACAGAGAGCGCCGUGAUUCAAAACUUGGCCACAUGGUCGACACAAUCCGGACGGCUCUCAGCCAGGAACAGGCGAAGCUGUUUGGCGACAAGAAUGCGCAGCACCAUCGCAAAUAUCAGUCCACAGUAGAAGAGCGGUUGGAGAAAUUGCGUCAGCAAGACGAGACCCAGCGGGAGCGCGUGGAAGAAGAAAUUCGCAGUGACUCCGAGGCCGACGAAUCAGUCAGUCCCGCUGUUGAAGCUCGUGCGCGCUCAGAUCUCGAUGAGAACAACAUGGGUCUUACUUCUCAUGAACGAGCACGGAGUGACAGCUGGGGCUGGCCUGGGUUGGGAACGUAUGCUGCAGGUUCAGAGGAUGCAACUAACACCAAGCGGAAGAGUUCCUUCAAAAAUACCAGGGAUAAGAUGCACGAUAUUGAACCAAAAUUGGAAGCGGCAACUUAUGAGGCCAUCGACAACGCUGCCGAAUCGGAUUCCUUCGGCUGGCCUGGUCUAGGUGACUUUCCACCCCCCAGAAAGUGA